CUAACUGUCUAUCUCAAUCCAUUUAUCGUUCACUGUUCAAUUCCCCCAACUAUCAUACUGUCUCUUAUGUAAAAUAGACUUUUUAACUUUUCAAUUUACUUACUUUUAUUUAUCACUGACCCAUUAUUGUUCAAUAGACCCUUUUACCAUUCAAUCACAAACACCAAGCAGAAAUAUAUAUCAAAGCCACGUCCAAAAUCCUUAAAAAAAAAAAAAAAAAAAAAAUCCGAAGCGCAUUUAACCAUUAACACAUUUAAAAACACGCCCACAAAAAAACAGACCGCUCAAGCAUUAACACCCAUUUAGAGCCACGCCAACCAAAAAAAAAAAGGAGAAAAAACAAGAAAGAAAAAAACAGACCAUCCACCCAUCAACGCCCAUUUCAAGCCACGCCCACAACUCUUCCCAUAAUAACAAUAAUAUUAAAACGACUCUCUCCCUCUUCUCUUUGCAGCUGUCCCGGCCACGCACAUCUUCCCCAUCACGCCCAUCCUAGGUGUGCUGAUAGGCGUGGUGGCCGCCCUCGUGCUGGUGGCCGUGGUGGUGGUGGUGGUGAUGAAGCUGCGGGGAGACACGAGGACCAUCAAGGGCAGGCCUGAAGGGGGCAUGAAGGGGCCUCACUCCCCCCUCCACCCAGCCAAGGACGGAGAUGACUGUCCCGACGUCAUCUUGUGUCGCACGGACUCCACCUACGAGGACGUCGACGGAAUCCCGCAGAAGCUGAAGCACGCCAACAUCUACGAGACGGUCCCUUACGACACCAAGGACAAGAACAGCAAGAACAGUGAGAGCGCUGACAAGGACGAAGUGGCUUACGCCGAGCUGACCUUCAGCAACGGCAAGACCAAGUCGAAGAAGAGCAAGAAGGCGGGAGCGAACGGCGCCGUCAGAAGCUCCGAGGAAUCCACCAUCUACGCCACCAUCGACCACAGCCGAACAGCAGCUCACCAGAAGCAGCAGGGGAUGCAGCAGCAGAAGCUCCAGCAGGCGCAGCAGAAGCAGAAGGACCUGGAGUCCAUGAGUCAGGCGGAGACCGACAGCAUCCCGCUCAUGGACGCGGCACUCGAGAGCAAUGUAUAAAGUGUGUUUUAGGGGGCGCGGAGGGACACGGAAGGGGGAGUUGGGCGGCCCUGCGUUCGCCCAGAAUAAGUGCGUUCUGCAAGUGCCUUUAAUUAAGAGUUAUGUUUCCUUUUCAUAACUGUGUGUUCAGGUAAAGACGAGAAUGUUAGGGAGAAAAAGGUGUCUGAAAUGAUAUUUUUUUGGUUAAUUACGAUGUUUUUUUUUUUGUAUAUGCAUAUAAGGAGAUACUUGGUUAUAUGUAGGUUUGUAUUAGCUCAAACGUAUAUGAUUUCUUUUAAAACACAAACUCAAAUGUGAAUUACAUUUUUGGAUAUUGUAACAGACAGUAGGGUAUAUGCACUAUGCCACUAUAUAAAUACAUAGGACAUUUCUGUACCAUAGUAAUAACAUAUUAACAGUGCCAUGCAAGAAGUAGGAUACAUUUAAGUUUUUAUUUACAAAGGAACUAAGAUUACAAUACAUGUUUUUAUGUAUGUUGUGCCUUUUAGCUGAUUCAUCGUCGUUUAUCCGAUAAGUGUCCGAAGUUUUGUUUUGAAAGUGAAGUUGCCGCCACAAUAAGGAUGAAAAUGUGUCUUGCUCCCAGUGUAGAUUAUCAAGUAUGCUACAUAUAUACUAGGUUAUCUUAAACACAUACUCAUGGUCGCGCAAAACAAAGCCAAGACUUGUUAUACAAGUGAUUUAUCAUAAAAGGACUCACUCAGAUAAAUACGUCCAUUGACUCUUAAAAUACUCGAGAAAGAACAAGAAUAAGAAGAGGAGAGGAAGGAAAGAAGAGAAGGAAAAGUCGGAGGAGGUGGAAAACGGAGGAACAGAAAAAGAAAAAAGAGAAGAAACUUGAGAUGAUUUAUAGGCUGGCAAAAAUCACCACGCAGACAAUAUUUUGAUUUGGUUAUGGAUUUGCUUAUACUGAUUCCCCGCAAA